UGUCUGCUGUCUCAACUGGCGCUACUAACACUCAGCGCGUUUCUCGACACGCUUCGGGUAAAUAUAGUGCGAGAGAGUUCAAACACCCUAUCUGGUGGGAAGGAGCGGACGGUGUGAAAGCAAGCAAGCGAGGUGUGGCCGUCGAAAAGCAUCCUGCGGACAUCCGUUCAUCCGUUCAGCUUCGCCUGCCUGCGGAAAAGUGAAAAGUGAAUAGGUAUCUCAACCUCGCGGCCGCCAAGAUGGUUUCCACCUUGGCACGCUUCACCAUCUACUGGUGCUGCGUGGCGGCGUCAUACGUCGUUGUUCUGGGCAUGUUCAAGCUGGCUACGAAGGAAGCUAGCGACCGGGACUACGGGCUGUUUCAGCUUCUCCUGGCUACUCUGGGGCUUGCCCAGCUCGCGUCGAUGAUGAGCAACCACGAGGACGUCAUGAGCCCGUCCAUGCUGGAGAUCAACUACGGCAUCAUCGCCACAGUGGCGGCAGCCGCGGUGGCGCGCUGCUACCUCAAGUUCGUCAGGGGCGUCGAACCCCGAAGCGUCAACAUGUCGGGGAAGGUGGUCAUCAUCACGGGGAGCAACACCGGUGUGGGGUACGAGACGGCCAAGGCCCUCGUAAACAUGGGAGCGCACGUUAUCAUGGCUUGCCGCUCGGAGGAGAAGGCCCGGAAGGCCAUCGAGGACAUCACGUUCGAGCUCGAGGCUGCCGCUAAGGCCAUUCGCCACAACACAGACACGGGCAUCAAGGGCAAGUUGACCUUCAUGAAGCUGGACCUGUCGUCUCUGGCGGCAGUGAGGGUGUUCGUCGCUGAGUUCAAGGCGUCGAAGCUCGGCCUAGACUCGCUAAUCCUCAACGCGGGGGUCAUGCACGGCUGCCGAAAGGUCACGGAGGAGGGCCUGGAAGCCAACCUCGCAGUCAAUUACCUGGGCAACUUCCUUCUCACGACGCAGCUGCUGCCCCUCCUCAAGCAGUCCCCGGACGGGCGAGUUUUGUGCGUCAACUCGAGCCUGCACAAGAAGCCUGAAGCCUUCCGGUUUGAGGACCCGAUGUUCGACAGGGACUACAACAUGUUCAAGGCCUAUGCCAACAGCAAGCUCGCACUGCUCAUGUUCGCCGAGGAGCUGCAGCAAAGGCUCAACCGCGAAAAGUCGACCGUCAUCGUCAACAGCGCCAAUCCAGGCAUUGUGAUGACGGGUAUCUCGAGGGACAUGGGGUGGUUCUUGCGAGUAGGGCACGAGGUGUUCAAGCCGUUCUUGAAACUGUUCCUGAAGCACCCGAAAGCGGGAGCGUUCACGAGCGUAUUUGCUGCCACAACGCCCCAGCUCCGCAAGAGCACCGAGGACGGGGCGCCGGGAGUGGGCGGCCUAUACAUGUCGGACUGCGCGCCGCAAGCGUUCAACCCGGCAGUAGCCGUGGACAAGUCACGCAAGGACCUGUGGAAGCUCUCCGAGGAGUGGGUAUCCGCCGGCUCGAAGAAGAAUCGUUGAGGAAAAAGGCAGAGAUUAAUAUUUCCCGUUCCAAGCCUUUCCCUCGUUCAAGUUUGCGGCACUACCAGUUUGAUGUGCCGCUCCUAGCGUGAAGGAGAGAGGUCGUGAUUAAUUGGACGUGCGCGGCUGUUCGUGCUCCCUGCUUGAUUUUGAUUAUUGCAGUUUUUGUCGUGAG